ACACUGGGCAGCGAGGACUGCUGUACGAAUAUUUCUUCGGAUCUUCAUUGUCCGGAAUGCAGUGCUAGUGUAGCAGAUCGAGCUUGGAAAUAUCAUGGCUUCUUUUUCCUCCACCCAUUCUUACUUUCCACAAUAUUGCUGUGUUGAUACUCUGUCUCUCGAAUCUAAUCCAGUCGUGAUAACCUCCUUUCCGCUCCUCCCUUAUCCCAGUUUGCUAGGUUCAAGAGCUUGGGCCGAAACCAUUGCGCCUCCCUACGACAGCAGAGCCUCCCACGAUGCAACUUACAUCCUUGUACCUCCUCGCGGCCUGGUCCGCCCUCGCACUCGCCUCCCUCAACUUGGGUAGCAAUGACGGAGUCAACCAGAGCGAAUUCCGCAUGGGCUUCAUACUCCCGCGGCAGCAGAGCCGCACCAACCUACAAGUAUUUUCUGGCGCCCUGGGCGGCGCCGGGGCGUCGGCCAUCACCAACUCGGGCGACCCGGAGCGGCCAUUCGCGGUCGACGGCGACACUUUUAACGACUUCGACACCGCCGCGAACCGCGCCUGUGACAACCAGAAGAACCUCUGCGCCGACCUAGCCAACAACGGGGGCGGCGCCUUCGAGGUCGGCGACUGUGACCAGCAAACCGAAGAGUGCAAGAGCUCGGCAUCGUCAGCGACCGUCAGGGAGUUUGAGGGGCCCGCGGCUGCGGCGCCGCCGGUGCUGUCAGGCACUGUGGCGGCGUGCAUCAAGUGUCUCGAAGGGAUUGCGCUGGCUGGCUUGUCGUUGUUGUUGACCGAGUCGGGCGGCUUCUGAUUCGGCUCCGCAUCUGCAUCAUCCAACGGCGUCGGAUCGUGUUUUGUUCUCGAGUCCAACGGUAUCAAAGGCGGAAAUAAAGACCCAAAACAUUGCCAUUGACACGCGAAUAAAUACCUGGAAGAGUUGAGCGACCUCGUACCUACAUUUGUACCUACUUCGUACACCCUUUGCGUCUUCCAAGCAUCUU